GGACACACAGUUUAACAUGAUGGACUAUAGGACAGGACUGCUGCUAUUAACUAUCUGCUGGGCAGGUGUUGAUGGUCAGACUCUGACAGAAUCUGAACCAGUGGUUAAAAGGCCUGGAGAAUCUCACAGAUUGACCUGUACAGCCUCUGGAUUCACAUUCAGUGACUACCAUAUGGCCUGGAUCAGACAGGCUCCUGGAAAAGGACUGGAGUGGAUUGCCUGGGUAGAAAAUGAUAAUGACGGGAAACGCUACUCUCAGUCAGUUCAAGGCCGGUUUACCAUCUCCAAAGACAACAGCAGACAGCAGGUGUAUCUGCAGAUGAACAGUCUGAAGACUGAAGAUUCUGCUGUUUAUUAUUGUGCUCGAGAGUACAGUAGUAGCUACGGUUACUACUUUGACUACUGGGGAAAAGGAACAACAGUGACUGUCACAACAGGCACUUCAACUCCACCAACUGUGUUUCCUCUGAUGCAAUGUGGUUCGGGGAGUGGAGCCACGGUCACUCUUGGCUGUCUUGCCACCGGUUUCACACCCUCCUCACUGACCUAUUCAUGGAGCAAAGGUGGGACUCCAUUGACGGACUUCAUUCAGUACCCUGCAGUACAGAAAAACAACGUUUAUACGGGGGUCAGUCAAAUCCAAGUGAGGAGACAGGACUGGGACGCAAGGCAGACUUUCCAAUGCGUCGCGACACAUGCAGCGGGAAAUGGACAGGCUGAUAUCGUGAAGCCAAGACUGCGAGUUGUGUCUCCAAACAUCACACUAUACCCUGUCUGGGAAGGAGAAUUAGGGUCCUCACCAGUCAGACUCAUCUGCACCCUAAGUGGCUUCUUUCCAGACAAACUGAGUGUGACCUGGCAACAGAACAACCAACGUCUAAACAUUGUACCAAUUCAAAGAAAGCUGCAGAGUGUGGAGGGAAUGGAGAAAACCUUCAGUCUAAGCAGUGAGAUUGAGCCAAAUAUGAAACAGUGGUCAGAUGGCUCAAGUUUUACAUGCAAGUCCAAUCACAACAACAAGGAAUCCAUAAAAACAAUAAGUUUUUGCCAAAUCCAUGCAAGAACUACUCCUUCUAUGCAUGUGGAGAUUCCCAGCUUCAGGACAGUAAUGACAGCCAAGACUGAGGUGAAGGCAACAUGUUCAGUCCUCACUGUGUUUGAUGCCAAGGUGACCUGGCAAAUAGAUGGGACAGACCCAAUCAAAACCCAAGUUAAUCUGGCCAGAAACGCAUCUAAUUUAAUAAGCACUCUGACGGUUUCCUCAAGUAAGUGGAAACAGCUGAGGGUUGUAAAAUGUAAAGCUGAACAUCGCUGCUUCUCAUCCACUGAGGAGACCGUAAAUGUUUCAGAAAAUGUAAUUCGGACUCCAUUGGUUGAGAUCAGGAGAUCUCUCCCAGAUUUGCUGAAGGGAAACAGUGCUGUGCUGGAGUGUGACGUCACAGAACUCUCCUCCAGUGACCUCUAUAUCACCUUUCAAGCCGACGAUACUGACAUCUCUGAAAAACUUUAUGUUGAUCUUCCUGAAACGCCAGGCCCCCAUUCAAUCAGUAGACGAUUCCUUGUCCCCCAAAACCACUGGAAUAAUGAUACAAGUUUUUCCUGCAGAGUAAAUCAAGGCCUCCACAUGACUUUCAAGUCAAGAGCAACAGGCCAUAUUUUUGGGGACCCAUCAAUGGAGCUCCUUCUGCUCCCCAGUGAGGAGGAAGGACCACAGAGACUUGUAUGCUCUGGAUGGGGCUUUGACCCUCAAAUUAAAUGGUUUGCUGAGUCUCAGCCAAGAUCUUCUUCAACCGAUGACAUCAGCAUGAAUGCAGAUGGACGUGUGGCAGUAACCAGUCAACUUCAUAUCCCUCAAACAGAGUGGAAAACAGGGAAUGUCUUCACUUGUGAAGUGUCCGACAAGUCCCUGGACAAAACCACUGAAAAGAACAUCAGCCUCUGCUCAGUGUCAGUUCAUUCAGACUCCCCUCCUUCCAUUCAUGUGGAGAUUCCCAGCUUCAAGACAGUAAUGAUGGCAACAUCUGAGGUUAAAGCAACAUGUUUGGUCCGCACUGUUUUUGGUGCCAACAUCACCUGGCUUAUGGAUGGAACGGUCUCAACCAGUAAUACAGUGAGCCAGGAUACAAACACGACUCACAUAAUAAGUAAAGUGACAAUUUCCUCAAGCCAGUGGAAAAAACUGAAGAAUAUAACAUGCAAAGCUGUCCAUAAGUGCUUCUCACCCACUGAAAAGACUGUGAAUGUUGCAGAACCUGCAGCUACAGCUCCAUUGGUUGAGAUCAGGAGAUCUCUCCCAGAUUUGCUGAAGAGAAACAGUGCUGUGCUGGAGUGUGACAUCACGCAACUCUCCUCCAGUGACCUCUAUGUCACCUUUCAGGCCAAUGGGGUUGACAUUUCUGACAGGCAGUUUGUUGAUCUUCCUGAAACCCCAGGCCUCCAUUCAAUCAGUAGACGCUUCACUGUCCCCCAAAAGUACUGGAAGAAUGACACAAGUUUCACCUGUAAAGUGAAUCAAGGCUUCUUCAGCACCUUUGAGUCAAACUCCACAGGCAAUAUUUUUGUGAAUCCAUCAAUGGAGCUCCUUGUGGGCCCCAGUGAAGAGUCAGGACCACAGAUAAUCUUAUGCUCUGGAUGGGGCUUCGACCCUCAAAUUAAAUGGUUUGCUGAGUCUCAGCAAAGAUCUCCUUCAACCAAUGAGAUCAGCAUGAAUGCAGAUGGACGUGUGGCAGUAACCAGUCAACUUCAUAUCCCUCAAACAGAGUGGAAAACAGGAAAGGGCUUCACUUGUGAAGUAUCUGACAAGUCCCUGGACAAAACCAUUGAAAAGGACAUCAGCCUCUGCUUAGCUUACUCAAGCGCCCAACCUUCCAUUCAUAUGGAGAUUCCUAGUUUCAAGACAGUAAUGAUGGCAACAUCUGAGGUCAGAGCAACAUGUUUCCUUUGCACUGCUUUUGAUGCAGAGGUGACCUGGCUGAUGGAUUCCAAAGUAAUACCAAGUAGCAAGGUGAAGCAGGCUGCAAACACAACUCAUAUGGUCAGUGAAGUGACAUUUUCCUCAGACCAGUGGAAACAACUGAAGCAUAUAACAUGCAGAGCUGUCCACAAGUGCUUCUCACCCACCGAAAAGACUGUGAAUUUUGCUGAACCUGCAGUUACAGCUCCAUUGGUUGAGAUCAGGAGAUCUCUCCCAGAUUUGCUGAAGAGAAACAGUGCUGUGCUGGAGUGUGACAUCACGCAACUCUCCUCCAGUGACCUCUAUGUCACCUUUCAGGCCAAUGGGGUUGACAUUUCUGACAGGCAGUUUGUUGAUCUUCCUGAAACCCCAGGCCUCCAUUCAAUCAGUAGACGCUUCACUGUCCCCCAAAAGUACUGGAAGAAUGACACAAGUUUCACCUGUAAAGUGAAUCAAGGCUUCUUCAGCACCUUUGAGUCAAACUCCACAGGCAAUAUUUUUGUGAACCUAUCAAUGGAGCUCCUUGUUGGCCCCAGUAAAGAGUCAGGACCACAGAGACUCGUAUGCUCUGGAUGGGGCUUUAAUCCUCAAAUUAAAUGGUUUUAUGAGUCUCAGCAAAGAUCUUCUUCAACCGAUGAGAUCAGCAUGAACCCACAUGGUCGUGUGGCAGUAACCAGUCAACUUCAUAUCCCCCAAACAGAGUGGAAAACAGGGAAGAUCUUCACUUGUGAAGUAUCUGACAAGUCUCUGAACAUAUAUGUCAGAAAGGACAUCAGCCUGUGCUCAGUGUCAGUUCAUUCAGACUCCCCUCCUUCCAUUCAUGUGGAGAUUCCCAACUUCAAGACAGUAAUGAUGGCAACAUCUGAGGUUAAAGCAACAUGUUUGGUCCGCACUGUUUUUGGUGCCAACAUCACCUGGCUUAUGGAUGGAACGGUCUCAACCAGUAAUACAGUGAGCCAGGAUACAAACACGACUCACAUAAUAAGUAAAGUGACAAUUUCCUCAAGCCAGUGGAAAAAACUGAAGAAUAUAACAUGCAAAGCUGUCCAUAAGUGCUUCUCACCCACUGAAAAGACUGUGAAUGUUGCAGAACCUGCAGCUACAGCUCCAUUGGUUGAGAUCAGGAGAUCUCUCCCAGAUUUGCUGAAGAGAAACAGUGCUGUGCUGGAGUGUGACAUCACGCAACUCUCCUCCAGUGACCUCUAUAUCACCUUUCAGGCCAAUGGGGUUGACAUUUCUGACAGGCAGUUUGUUGAUCUUCCUGAAACCCCAGGCCUCCAUUCAAUCAGUAGAUGCUUCACUGUCCCCCAAAAGUACUGGAAGAAUGACACAAGUUUCACCUGUAAAGUGAAUCAAGGCUUCUCCAGCAUCUUUGAGUCAAACUCCACAGGCAAUAUUUUUGUGAACCCAACAAUGGACCUCCUUGUGGGCCCCAGUGAAGAGUCAGGACCACAGAGACUCUUAUGCUCUGGAUGGGGCUUCAAUCCUCAAAUUAAAUGGUUUUAUGAGUCUCAUCAAAGAUUUUCUUCAACCGAUGAGAUCAGCAUGAACGCAGAUGGUCGUGUGGCAGUAACCAGUCAACUUCAUAUCCCUCAAACGGAGUGGAAAACAGGGAAGGUCUUCACUUGUGAAGCAUCUGACAUGUCUCUGAACAUCAAUGUCAGAAAAGACAUCAGCCUGUGCUCAGUGUCAGCUCAUUCAGACUCCCCUCCUUCCAUUCAUGUGGAGAUUCCCAGCUUCAAGACAGUAAUGAUGGCAACAUCUGAGGUUAAAGCAACAUGUUUGGUCCGCACUGGUUUUGGUGCCAACAUCACCUGGCUUAUGGAUGGGACAGUCUCAACCAGUAAUACAGUGAGCCAGGAUACAAACACGACUCACAUAAUAAGUAAAGUGACAAUUUCCUCAAGCCAGCGGAAAAAACUGAAGGAUUUAACAUGCAAAGCUGUCCAUAAGUGCUUCUCACCCACUGAAAAGACUGUGCAUGUUGCAGAACCUGCAGUUACAGCUCCAUUGGUUGAGAUCAGGAGAUCUCUCCCAGAUUUGCUGAAGAGAAACAGUGCUGUGCUGGAGUGUGACAUCACGCAACUCUCCUCCAGUGACCUCUAUGUCACCUUUCAGGCCAAUGGGGUUGACAUUUCUGACAGGCAGUUUGUUGAUCUUCCUGAAACCCCAGGCCUCCAUUCAAUCAGUAGACGCUUCACUGUCCCCCAAAAGUACUGGAAGAAUGACACAAGUUUCACCUGUAAAGUGAAUCAAGGCUUCUUCAGCACCUUUGAGUCAAACUCCACAGGCAAUAUUUUUGUGAAUCCAUCACUGGAGCUCCUUGUGGGCCCCAGUGAAGAGUCAGGACCACAGAUAAUCUUAUGCUCUGGAUGGGGCUUCGACCCUCAAAUUAAAUGGUUUGCUGAGUCUCAGCAAAGAUCUCCUUCAACCGAUGAGAUCAGCAUGAAUGCAGAUGGACGUGUGGCAGUAACCAGUCAACUUCAUAUCCCUCAAACAGAGUGGAAAACAGGAAAGGGCUUCACUUGUGAAGUAUCUGACAAGUCCCUGGACAAAACCAUUGAAAAGGACAUCAGCCUCUGCUCAGCUUACUCAAGCGCCCAACCAUCCAUUCAUAUGGAGAUUCCUAGUUUCAAGACAGUAAUGAUGGCAACAUCUGAGGUCAAAGCAACAUGUUUCCUUUGCACUGCUUUUGAUGCCGAGGUGACCUGGCUGAUGGAUUCCAAAGUAAUACCAAGUAGCAAGGUGAAGCAAGCUGCAAACACAACUCAUAUGGUCAGUGAAGUGACAUUUUCCUCAAGCCAGUGGAAACAACUGAAGCAUAUAACAUGCAGAGCUGUCCACAAGUGCUUCUCACCCUCCGAAAAGACUGUGAAUUUUGCUGAACCUGCAGUUACAGCUCCAUUGGUUGAGAUCAGGAGAUCUCUCCCAGAUUUGCUGAAGAGAAACAGUGCUGUGCUGGAAUGUGACAUCACGCAACUCUCCUCCAGUGACCUCUAUGUCACCUUUCAGGCCAAUGGGGUUGACAUUUCUGACAGGCAGUUUGUUGAUCUUCCUGAAACCCCAGGCCUUCAUUCAAUCAGUAGACGCUUCACUGUCCCCCAAAAGUACUGGAAGAAUGACACAAGUUUCACCUGUAAAGUGAAUCAAGGCUUCUUCAGCACCUUUGAGUCAAACUCCACAGGCAAUAUUUUUGUGAACCCAACAAUGGACCUCUUUGUGGGCCCCAGUGAAGAGUCAGGACCACAGAGACUCAUAUGCUCUGGAUGGGGCUUUAAUCCUCAAAUUAAAUGGUUUUAUGAGUCUCAGCAAAGAUCUCUUUCAACCGAUGAGAUCAGCAUGAAUGCAGAUGGUCGUGUGGCAGUAACCAGUCAACUUCAUAUCCCUCAAACAGAGUGGAAAACAGGGAAGGUCUUCACUUGUGAAGUAUCUGACAAGUCUCUGAACAUAAAUGUCAGAAAGGACAUCAGCCUGUGCUCAGUGUCAGCUCAUUCAGGCUCCCCUCCUUCCAUUCAUGUGGAGAGUCCCAGUUUCAAGACAGUAAUGAUGGCAACAUCUGAGGUUAAAGCAACAUGUUUGGUCCGCACUGUUUUUGGUGCCAACAUCACCUGGCUUAUGGAUGGGACGGUCUCAACCAGUAACACAGUGAGCCGGGAUACAAACACGACUCACAUAAUAAGUAAAGUGACAUUUUCUUUAAGCCAGUGGAAAAAACUGAAGAAUAUAACAUGCAGAGCUGUCCAUAAGUGCUUCUCACCCACCAAAAAGACUGUGAAUGUUGCAGAACCUGCAGUUACAGCUCCAUUGGUUGAGAUCAGGAGAUCUCUCCCAGAUUUGGUGAAGAGAAACAGUGCUGUGCUGGAGUGUGACAUCACGCAACUCUCCUCCAGUGACCUCUAUGUCACCUUCCAGGCCAAUGGGGUUGACAUUUCUGACAGGCAGUUUGUUGAUCUUCCCGAAACCCCAGGCCUCCAUUCAAUCAGUAGACGAUUCACUGUCCUCCAAAAGUACUGGAAGAAUGACACAAGUUUCACCUGUAAAGUGAAUCAAGGCUUCUCCAGCAUCUUUGAGUCAAACUCCACAGGCAAUAUUUUUGUGAAUCCAUCAAUGGAGCUCCUUGUGGGCCCCAGUGAAGAGUCAGGACCACAGAGACUCUUAUGCUCUGGAUGGGGCUUCAAUCCUCAAAUUAAAUGGUUUUAUGAGUCUCAUCAAAGAUUUUCUUCAACCGAUGAGAUCAGCAUGAAUGCAGAUGGUCUUGUGGCAGUAACCAGUCAACUUCAUAUCCCCCAAACAGAGUGGAAAACAGGGAAGGUCUUCACUUGUCAAGUAUCUGACAAGUCUCUGAACAAAAAUGUCAGAAAAGACAUCAGCCUGUGCUCAGUCACUCCAACAUCUACUCAGAUAGUUGCCGUAUUUGUUCAGGGAUCACCACUCCAGGAGAUUCAGAAUAAGGGACAGGUGACUAUCACUUGUCUUCUGGUCGGUCCUUCUCUAAUUGAUUUCUCCAUCACUUGGAAAAUCAGUGGUAAGAAAUAUUCUCACAAUGUCCAUACGGAGCCACCAGUGAGUCACAGCAAUGGGACGGAGACUUUGAGGAGUUUCCUAAAUGUGUCAGCGGAGGAUUGGCAUGCAUUUAAACAAGUGUCUUGUGAAGGAAAGCACCGAUGUUCCAACCAUGGCUUCGAGGACCAUAUACGCAAAAGCAGAGAUGUGCAACCACCCACUGUGAAAAUUAUACAACCUACUGCCGCCGAGCUGUCUACGUCCAGACGUCUUACACUUGUUUGCCUCGUUUCGGGAUUUUUCCCAUCUAACCUCAUAGUAUACUGGAAAGUGAAAGGCCAGACACUCCCUUCAACUCGAUACACCAACAGUCCUGCAUGGAAAUACACAGGGAGCAGCACUUAUUCAAUGAGCAGCAGACUGAAUGUAUCCAAAACUGAGGACAAAGACUCUACGUACUCUUGUGUUGUCAAACAUGAGUCAUCUGAAACACCUUUUGAAAGCACUAUAAAGGAUGUGUUUGCCACAGUGACCCACAGCGUACCUUCAGCCACCUUGCUCAAGGGCUCUGGUGAGCUUGUGUGCCUGGUCUUUGGCUUCAGCCCAGCAUCCAUUAACAUCACUUGGUUUCUUAAUGACACGAAGAAACUGUUGGACUACAACACUAGUGAACCCCACAGAGGCCCAAACGGAAAGUUCAGCAUCCAAAGCCACCUUCGGUUGUCCCAAGUCAACUGGUUACCUGGGGCAGUUCUCACUUGCAGGGUGAUGCAUGCCAACACCACCCUAUCCCUGAAUAUAUCUAAACCAGGUGCUGACAUCAUGGAGGACUGUAAUUUCUUAGGUGAUAACAUGCAUGCUGAUGUGACUCAAAACGUAGAUGUGGAAAGCUGGUAUAUGGCUUUUACUUUCCUCCUUUUCUUCCUUAUCGCCAUCAUCUAUGGCGUCUUGGCCACCAUAAUUAAGACUAAAUGAUGAUGAUAGCUGGACAGAUCCCAUUUUAUCAUCCAAGUGUGGACAAUUGAGGAUUUUUGACGGCAUUUGUCCUUACGUGUAAUUUUCUUUCUUUUUUAUAUUUUUGUUAUUAUAUUUUAUGCAAUUGGCUUACUCUAUAUUGAUUUCUUGUCAUGUUUCAGUUAUAUGUUUGGUGUGGCAUGUAUGUAAUUCAUGUGUGUAAGAGGAAACAAGACAACAGUAAAUGAAUAAGCACAUAAAAUAAAUUAGGCUUCAAAUUGUUUGUAAUUAACAAAUCUUUUAUCACUUGACUUAUUCUUACAUAUAGAAAAAUAAAGAUUAAAAAAUGGAAA